GGUUCAUCACACGGAACAGUUGGGGUGGUUUGCGUGCCCUGUCGGAAGCUCUUGUCCCAUUAUUCUCGCGUCAGCGGCCGUGUUCAGAGUGUGUCUGCCGUCCGUGCACUCGUCUUUCAUCUUCUACUUUCAUACAGUACUGUCCAGUCAAAUUGGAAUUCCUGUCUCGUUUUUUAUUUUUCUUCAUUUUCGCAAAAGUUAUUUAUUUGCUAGUGUCGGCUUUAUUCAGUGUACUGCACACGAGUGUAGACUUGAGUGACCCCCCAUUUCGACUUUUGACAGUCGCCCAUAAAAGAGAGAGCGGCCGUCGUCGUCGUCGUUUUUCCAGUGAAUUUUUGUUUUGUUACCGGAAUUCUUUACCGUUGGCCACACUAUGUUCAGAGUGGCUAUUACCACCCGACCCGGCUCAUUAUUGCAGUCAUCCGCUUUGCUGUUGCUUGUCGUGUUUAUGCCACUAGGCAGUCUUCUGGUUACUAACGGACAGCGCUGAAGAAGAAAAAAGGACACACAACACAAGGAAAAAGAAGAGAAAGAAGAGGAUUUAUUUGCAGCUGGCCGACUUGUGACAAAAUACUCAACGCCGGCCGAGUUAGCUGUGUGCUGCGGUUCCACCCCCUUUUUUUUGUGUGUGUUGUUGCUCUUGUUGAUUAUACGUGGGUGUACAUCAUCCAAAUAAGGCCGGCGAAUAAUUUAUCGUCCAGAGUGCGACAGUGGACAAAACCAGACGUGAACUGCAGACUGAAAUGAUGCACUGCUACGUUAGGAGAAUGAUCUUAUUCCGCCAUCCGGCCGCAACUUUCAUGCUCUAUUCAGGACUCCUACUCGUAUUUUUCAGCAUUGCGAGGGCCAACUCCAGCCAAUCAGAUAGCAGCUGGCGAGAUGAUAAGCAACGACAGCUGCGGGAUCAUGGCCGCGAGCAGGAACAGCAGGACGAGGAGUACGGAGACGAUUCGUCUUCGGCGGCAGCAGCCGAACAGCAACGGAUCCAGGCCCAAGAGAUGGCCGCCUAUCACAAGCGGUUGGCAUCGCUGUCCUUGCCCGAAGCCCAGCGACUCACGCAGAUCGACCUCAAGCAUAGCGACAGCCAUGUGACGGCCCAAGUUGGACAUCCAGCUUACUUGAAAUGCGCCGUCAGCAAUCAGGGCGAUCAGCUGGUUUCCUGGGCUAGAAGACGAGAUUGGCACAUUCUAACUUCAGGUCGGCAUGUGUUCACGGCAGACGAGCGCUUUCAGAUUCUAAAGCCGGUCGAAGAUCACGAACAAUCGCUGCGUCCGACUCUGCACCAGCCCAAUCUAACCGAGUGGAUUCUGCAGAUUCAAUUCGUCCAGCAACGAGACGGCGGCUUCUACAUUUGCCAAGUGCCGACAGACUUGGGUCUGGUAUCACAUCAAGUCCAACUGGAAGUGCUCGUUCCGGACGUGUUCAUCCUGGGGCCAAAAGAUCUCAUCGUCGACCGCGGAACGACCCUCAGUCUUGUCUGCAUCGUCGAAAAUAGUCCGAUUCCGCCGGAUUACGUCUUUUGGUUCCAUAACGACAUGCUGUUGAACUACCAACCGAAACGUGCCGGAGUCAAAGUCGAAACGGACAAGGGGAGCCGGACGCACAGUAAGCUGGAGAUCAAGGACGCCAACGAGUCGGAUACGGGCAACUACACCUGUAGCACGUCCAGCGGCAAGCCCUACUCCAUCUACGUCCAAGUUUUGGCCGGUGACCAAGCGGCUGCCAUGUCACGGAAGAACAGCGCCCAAGGACACAUAUUUCUCCCUGGAUGUGGAACUGGCAGCCAACUGACUUUGGCUCACCUAUUGGCCGCAUUACAUCUCUGUCUGGCGCUAAUUCACGUCGGCAGAUAAUUCGAUAAUUAACGAGCGACGUCCGCAAAGAAGAAGAAGCGAAAAUAAAGGGAAAAACAGCUUUUCUGUCUGCAUCAAUGAAACUAUGUAAAAUUAGAAAAUACCUGCACUUGGCAAAAAUGGACCAUCUAAUAGAAGAAGAAAUGAUGAGCAUCAUAAAAGAAUCAUACAGCAUUGACCAUCACCAUCCAGUUGAAAUUGAAUUACCUAGUCGAAAGAAAAGGCUGUUGGGUUGAUGAACGAAUUCCAUCUCCUAUAUUGACUCAUCGUCAAACGAAGAAAAUGAUGAACUACCACGAUAACAAUUCCCAGCGUGAUUUAAACUUUCCUUCUUCCCCUUCUUUUUUUUUCUUUUGUGUCGUCUGUGUGACUUAUCCGCUGGCAUCAUCCAAUUACAGCUCCGUUUCUCUUCGUCGCAACCAAUGAACGUGCUCACUGGUCGAGCUCCAAGAGUCGUCAUUCCCCCUGUGUUAUAUUACUCUAUACAUAUUUGCAAUUCUUUCCAGGUCGAAAACAAAUAAUGAAAACGGGAAUUCACGCUAUCAUACAUUUCUCACCGUGUGCGUGCAUGUGAGUGUAUACAAUGAGUGUGUGCCUCUUGUGCGUGUACAACAACAACAACAACAAAAAACAAAAAAAAAAACCCCAAAAAAUAACGACGUGUAAAACUAGCCUACAUCGUACAAUUAAAAUCUCGGCUCAUGUGUUUCUCUCUCUCUCACUCCCCAAGUUUGUUCGAUUUCCCCAAUCGGUUGAUGAAUGACGUUUGACAACAAUUCGGGCCGCACUUUUUCUUUUUCAUCCGAGUCGAAUUUCAAUCAGAAUCAAAUCUUUAGUAUAUAAUAUACAUACCCCCCCCCUUUCCACCGAAUCGAUACCUUGCAACAGUGCAUCAUUCGUAUUUACAUACUUAAUAUAUAUAUGUAUGCAUACCACAUGUAUUUACUGUGUUGAGUAUAUACUAUAACUGAAUGUGUUUUUUUGCUUUUUCUUUAUGUUUUUUUUUCCACUCAAAUCCUAAGAAAAGUUUUCAAACCACAACA